AUGGAGGCUCUGGUUUGCAGAAAAUUGGGAGACCCAACAGCACCCAUUUCAGGAGGAGGAGCAGAGAAAGCAAUAGUGGUGGAGAAGAAUCAUCCAAUUCCUGAAUUGGUGUCUCCCACAUCGGUGAGGGUGAGGGUGAAAGCUACGAGCUUGAACUACGCCAAUUAUCUACAGAUACUGGGCAAGUACCAAGAGAAGCCACCCCUCCCUUUCAUCCCUGGCUCUGACUAUUCCGGCGUCGUCGACGCCGUGGGACCUUCCGUCGCCAAGUUCAAAGUCGGCGACCCUGUUUGCUCUUUUGCCGCCCUCGGCUCCUUUGCCCAAUUCAUCGUCGCCGACCAGACCGAGCUGUUUGGAGUGCCAGAGGGGUGUGAUCUGGUAGCUGCUGGUGCACUGCCUGUUGCAUUUGGGACAUCACACGUGGCUCUUGUUCACCGGGCCAAUUUGACCUCCGGCCAAGUAUUGCUGGUUCUUGGUGCAGCUGGAGGUGUUGGUCUUGCAGCUGUACAGAUUGGCAAGGUUGUUGGAGCCAUUGUUAUUGCCGUAGCUAGGGGAGCUGAGAAGGUGCAGUAUUUGAAGUCAUUGGGUGUUGAUCAUGUCGUGGACUCGAGCACUCAAAAUCUUAUCCAAAGUGUCAAGGACUUCUUGAAAACCAGAAAGCUUAAAGGGGUUGACGUUUUGUAUGAUCCAGUUGGAGGCAAGCUUACUAAAGAGGCCAUGAAGGUUUUGAGUUGGGGGGGCAACAUUUUGGUCAUAGGCUUUGCCAGUGGAGAGAUCCCUGUUAUCCCUGCAAAUAUUGCCCUUGUUAAGAACUGGACAGUGCAUGGACUUUACUGGGGUAGCUACAGAAUUCAUCGACCAGCUGUUCUUGAAGAUUCACUCAAGGAGCUACUAUCCUGGGUGGCAAGAGGCUUGAUCACCAUCCGCAUCUCUCAUACUUAUCGCCUUCCAGAGGCCAAUCUUGCGUUUUCUGCCAUCAAAGAUAGGAAAGCCAUUGGAAAAGUGAUGCUUGUUCUUGAUGACCAGACAAGUGUAAGAUCAAAGCUUUGA